AUGGAGUCCAAACUUCCGAGGGCAAAUCCGGGUCUCAGCGUUCAGGAGUAUGUGGACAAGACGGUUUAUGAUGCUUUGGAAAUGUUCGGGUCUGGGGAGGCUAGUCUGAAGAGACUACAGACUUCCAUAGGAGCAGCCUUGCCUCAAGCUUUCCAGCUGGAUGUGCCAAUGGACCCCCAGGAGCCUCUUAGUCGCACUAUCUUUGUCCGAGGCUUCAAAGGACUGCUUCCAGACUACAUGCAUAUGGUGCAUCUGGCCUGUGCUGUUGAUUUUCUGGGAAGCAUGUUGCUGGAGGUUACCGACGACACUACGGUACUGCCGGGCGCAUCGCGGGAAAAGCGACUGGAUGUGCUGUGGAAAGAUUACAGAUCGUGGGCUGAAGCCUGUCAAGUGGGUGAUCGUGCCAGCAGACGCAUGUUUACGACAGCAGUUUUGCGCAACAACAAGAAUAUCGAGGUUUCGCAGAAAAUUCUUUCCGCGACGGCUUGCAGAUAUAUGCUGCUAUGGGCAUGCACCUUCUUGACAGCGGUGUGCGAGCAGCUCGCACCGACUCCUAUCUUGCAGCACUUGAUGGCAGUGGCCACGGCUUUUCGAGAUAUGGAGAUGCUGAUGCUCAACAAUGGGCACUCAG